CUGCGUGCGGCAGCCAGUGGCCGUCUUCACCAGGGUCUUAGACAGUGCGGCGCUGGUGACGUAGCAGUGGAAGAAGGCGGGCAGCACGUUGCAGCAGCCCACGGCCAGCAGCUCCUGGUUGGCUCUCACGGAGUAGCCGUGGCUCCGGGCAAACAUCUCCGCCAGAGAGAUGGAGAAGGCGGAGCCCACAAGAGCCAGUGGCACUGCGUCCAGCACUACGCGCCACAUCAGCCCCGGGUCUGGCACCCGGGGGGCCACAAAGCCCGUGGGGAUGUCACCAGCCACGCUGGAGCCGAAGCGUUCAUGGAGCUGCCCAAAAUGGGACACCAUCGUGGCCGCCACGAUGACCACUAGCUCCGUGGGCAGGGGCACCUUCAGGCGGCGCUGGCAGCGCUCAGAGAGCUCCUUGCCGGCCAGCAGCACGGCCAGGCAUGUGGCACUGGUGACUACGUCGCACAGGUUGGCCUGCCCAGCACCGCGUACCAGGCUCAGCCACGUGCUGACCACCAUGCCCAGCCCUUGGUGCCGUGGGAUCCGCACGCCUAGCAGGUGCUUCAGCUGGGAGGUCAGGAUCGUCACCGAGGCCCCCAUGGCAAAGCCAUCAAGCAGCGGCUGAGACAGGGGAUCAGCUGGGCAAGGUCUGAGCUAUAACUUCACCCAUCUGGAUCGGUACCUGGAUCUUCUCAGGGAGAACCAGCUCCUCCCAGGCUUUGAGCUGAUGGGCAGCCCCUCCAAACGCUUCACCAACUUCGAGGACAAGAAGCAGGUGUUUGAGUGGAAGGAGCUGGUCUCUCUCGUGGCCAGGAGAUACAUUGGUCGGUAUGGACUCUCACAUGUUUCCAAGUGGAAUUUCGAGACAUGGAAUGAGCCAGACCACCACGACUUUGACAACGUGUCCAUGACCGUGCAAGGCUUCCUGAACUACUAUGACGCCUGCUCCGAGGGUCUGCGGGCUGCCAGCCCCGCUCUGCGCCUUGGCGGCCCCGGGGACUCCUUCCACCCCUGGCCUCGAUCCCCGCUCUGCUGGGGCCUCCUGGGGCACUGUCAAAACGGCACCAACUUCUUCACGGGGGAGUCGGGUGUGCGGCUGGACUACAUCUCCCUCCACAAAAAGGGUGCCGGCAGCUCCAUCUACAUCCUGGAGCAGGAGAAGGCCACGGUGCAACAGAUAAAACAGCUCUUUCCCAAGUUUGCUGACAUCCCCAUUUACAACGAUGAGGCGGACCCGCUGGUGGGCUGGUCCCUGCCGCAGCCUUGGAGGGCUGACGUGACCUAUGCGGCCAUGGUGGUGAAGGUCAUCGCGCAGCACCAGAACCUGCUGCUGGCCAACACCAGCUCGGCCAUGCGCUAUGCGCUCCUGAGCAACGACAACGCCUUCUUGAGUUACCACCCGCACUACUUCACGCAGCGCACGCUCACUGCGCGUUUCCAGGUCAACAACACGCGGCCGCCGCACGUGCAGCUCCUGCGCAAGCCGGUGCUCACCGCCAUGGCGCUGCUGGCCCUGCUGGACCGCGAGCAGCUCUGGGCUGAGGUAUCGCAAGCCGGGACCGUGCUGGACAGCAACCACACGGUGGGCGUGCUAGCCAGCGCCCACAGACCCAGUGGCCCCCUUGAUGCCUGGCGCGCCACGGUGCUGAUCUAUGCAAGUGACGACACGCGCACCCACGCCAACCGCAGCGUCGCCUUGACCCUGCGCCUGAGCGGGGUGCCCCCAGGCCCAGGGCUUGUCUAUGUCACGCUGUACUUGGACAACGAGCUCUGCAGCCCAUAUGGCGAGUGGCAGCGUCUCGGCCAGCCGGUCUUCCCCUCCACAGAAGAGUUCCGGCGCAUGCGCGCAGCUGAGGACCCGGUGGCUGUGGCGCCACAGCUCUUCCCUGCCAGCGGCCGCCUGACCCUUCGCCCGGAGCUCCAGCUGCCCUCGCUCCUGCUGGUGCACGUGUGCGCGCGCCCCGAGAAGCCACCAGGCCAGGUGACCCGGCUCCGUGCUCUGCCUUUGACCAGUGGGCAGGUGCUUUUGGUCUGGUCGGAUGAGCACGUGGGCUCCAAGUGCCUGUGGACCUAUGAGAUCCAGUUCUCCACGGAUGGUGAGAUGUAUGCCCCUGUCAGCAGCAAGCCGUCGACCUUCAACCUCUUUGUGUUCAGCCCAGACACCGCUGUCACCUCUGGCUUCUACCGGGUUCGAGCUGUGGACUACUGGGCCCGACCAGGCCCUUUCUCAAACCCUGUGCACUACGUGGAAGUCCCUGCCCUAUGAAGCCCUCCCCACCCGGUGACUGUGAACCUGUGCUGACUCCGCAGCCUGGGGGGCCGGGAGCUGAGAUGUGUUGGACCACCAGGGGCCCAUCCAUCGGCUCUAUCUGUUCUCUCCUGUCCUCUUGCUCAUCCCCUUAAAGUGCCUUUCCACUG